AUGGGUUCAAUUCAGGCGAAAAACCAACCAAUCGCACCUCCUCCAGCGGUACAAACACCUGUAGUUGAAGGUGAAACAAAGCCGAAAUGCAAAGCAUGUUGCGCAUGUCCAGAAACGAAACGUAUACGUGACGAAUGUGUCAUUCUCAAUGGCGAAGAGAACUGUUCAAAAGAAAUUGAAGCACAUCGUGCAUGCAUGCGUGCUGCUGGUUUUAAUAUUUAA